ACCGGACCCCACAGCGAGCUUCGUUCUGUGCUCGCAAGUGAGAGGGAGGCGUGCAGACUCCCCAGGUCCCUCCCAGGAUCAGCCAGAACACCCAUGGUAGAAGGCUGGGGCUCCUUACUUCACUUUCCUCAAGUGUAGAUUGGGAGUUCUCUAUGCCCUAGUGUUAGAAGCCAUCAGGUCAGGUGUCAUGUCUAGUAAGGAAAGGACUAGAAGCCCAGGACUCUGGGUCUUCUCCUCUGAUACAAAGGAGGCACUGCUGCUGAGUUUGGUGCCUGAGCUGACUCAGUUGGUGACAGCAUGACAAGUGAGGUGAUAGAAGACGAGAAACAGUUCUAUUCGAAGGCCAAGACGUACUGGAAGGAAGUCCCGCCCACAGUGGACGGCAUGCUCGGGGGGUAUGGCCACAUCUCCAGCAUCGACAUCAGCAGCUCCCGGAAGUUCCUGCAGAGGUUUUUGAGGGAAGGCCCAAACAAGACGGGGACCUCCUGUGCCCUGGACUGUGGGGCCGGAAUAGGCAGGAUCACCAAGCGACUGCUGCUGCCACUCUUCGCGGUGGUGGACAUGGUGGACGUGACAGAAGACUUUCUGGUCAAAGCCAGGACGUACCUGGGGGACGAGGGCAAGAGGGUGAGGAACUACUUCUGCUGCGGCCUCCAGGACUUCAGCCCCGAGCCCAGCUCCUACGAUGUCAUCUGGAUCCAGUGGGUGAUAGGCCACCUGACCGAUCAGCACCUGGCGGAGUUCCUACGGCGCUGCAAGCAGGGCCUGCGCCCCAAUGGCAUCAUUGUCAUCAAAGACAACAUGGCCCAGGAGGGCGUGAUCCUGGACGACGUGGACAGCAGCGUGUGCCGGGACCUCGAGGUGGUCCACAGGAUCGUCCGCAGCGCAGGCCUCAGCCUCCUAGCCCAGGAGCGCCAGGAGAACCUCCCCGAUGAGAUCUACCACGUCUAUAGCUUAGCCCUGAGAUGAGCAGGGGAUGGCAGGAGAAAGGGACCAGUGUGGGGUGGGGGGCUGGCAGCCGGGCAAGACCCAGAGGCUCCAUGAUGAUGGUUCGGGAGUGCUGAGUGAGACUGCUAAAUAUACCUGUCUGCCGUCCGUCACUAGACUCUUUUUCAAAAGGCAUAAUGGGACCCAGUGGGGAGGGCACCACUGGACAGAGCAGUGAGGCUGGGGCCUGGCUCUGUGGCCCUGAGAGGCAGGGACCGGGCAGUGCAGACCAUGGGACUCCAGGGCCCCUGGGGCUCCCCACGUGGGAAUACAGCGAUCCCACCACAAGUGGGAGAUUUUCUGGAUCUCCCUUUCAACCACCCAGCCUUCCAGCCACAGGCCUGGGUGCCUUAAGAGGAAGAGAACUCUCGGUUGUUGAGGACUUUUUCCCUUGGGGGGAGGAGAGGAGCCGGGCCGUGGAGCCUGCAGCUGCUGGGGAUGUUCACGUUCUGAGGCCUGUUUGGUGAUGGGAGCCCUGGUGUCCCUAAUGUGAUCGUCACAAUGGGCUACAGCAAGGGAAGUCUGCAGCCUCACUCCUGGCUGUGCCCUGCAGCUCCUCCUUGGUGAGCAUUUUCAGUCAAAAAAUAAAAGGGUAAAUCCUGUACUGGGAAGGCCCUAGCCAGUC